AUGACGGAACAGGAGAAGAUUGCACAGCUUCAGGAGGUGUGCGGCAUCGAGGAGGAGGUGGCGCGGCAUUUGCUCGAGGCCAGCCAGUGGAACGUGGAGGAAAUCGAUGCCGAGCCCGAGCGGUACAGCUUGCGGGCGGACGGAGAGUCGUAA